UGUAGUUCCAUUCAUCGCCAGUGUCACGCCCGAUGGACACCUUCCGGACUCCCAGUCAAUCGCUAUUGGUGUGACUUUCGACUGCCUCAGUUGCUCCUGACCAGAGUUCAAUCUUCAAUCGUUACCCCUUUGCGCUCGAGCAGAACGCGUCGCAGUCUUAAGUGGUAUGAAGAUUUUAACAUUCGAACCUUGGUGCACUUCAACAACGCUUUAGUGGCCAGUGGGCUUGGACUAAGCUCGAUUUAGUCACGGAUCGAACGCCAUGUCGCAUGCGAUCUGCUUUCUCGUAGUGCUCGGGGUCUGUACGCUCGAUGUAUCCGGUGUGUUGGGUGGAUUCCUGGAGGACACCUACCCGGCGAGCGUGAUUGAAGAUGCCCACCUGAAUACAAUACAACUGCUGGAGAAGUACAAGCAUCCAGCGGAGACCCACCAGGUGACCACGGAUGAUAAAUACAUCCUGACCCUUCAUCGCAUAGCUCGACCUGGAGCCAAGCCAGUUUUGCUGGUUCACGGACUGGAGGACACCUCAUCCACGUGGAUCGUGAUGGGUCCAGAAAGUGGCCUGGGUUACUUUCUCUACGCCAACGGAUACGACGUCUGGAUGGGUAAUGUCAGGGGGAAUCGCUACUCAAAGGGCCACGUGAAACUCAAUCCCAAUACGGACAAGUCCUACUGGAGUUUCUCCUGGCACGAGAUUGGCAUGUACGAUCUGCCAGCGAUGAUCGAUGGGGUUCUGCAGAAGACAGGAUACCAGAAGCUGAGCUACUUCGGUCACUCCCAGGGAACCACGUCGUUCUUCGUGAUGGCUUCCAGUAGACCCGAGUAUAAUGCCAAGAUCCAUCUGAUGAGCGCACUGGCACCCGUGGCCUUUAUGAAGCACAUGAAGGCACCACUCAUGAAAAUGGCCCUCAUGGGAAUGAACAUGUUUGGCGACAACUUUGAGCUGUUUCCGCACUCGGAAGUCUUCCUCAACCAUUGUCUUUCUUCUGCCGCCAUGCUGAAGACCUGUAUGCGAUUCUACUGGCAGUUUGUGGGCAAGAAUCGGGAGGAGCAAAAUAUGACCAUGUUCCCUGUGGUUUUGGGCCAUCUUCCCGGUGGUUGCAAUAUCAAACAAGCGCUCCACUACCUCCAACUGCAGAAAUCCGAUCGCUUCUGCCAGUACGAUUACGAAUCGAAGGAGAACCAGAGGCUCUACGGACGUUCCACUCCGCCGGAUUACCGCCUCGAAAGGAUCAACGCUCCGGUGGCCUUGUACUACGGCAGUAAUGAUUACCUGUCGGCCGUGGAGGAUGUGCGGCGAUUGGCUAAUGUUUUGCCCAAUGUGGUCGAGAACCAUCUGUACCGCAAAUGGAACCACAUGGACAUGAUCUGGGGCAUAAGUGCAAGGCGUUCGAUUCAGCCCAGGAUUCUGCAGGUGAUGCAGUACUGGGAAACAGGAGGAGGAGGAGCCAAGGACGCCACCACUGGUUCGCCCGUAGAGGAGGAUGUGCCGCAGCUGACAACGGGGACUCCGAUCGAGGAAGGAACAACUCAAGUGGACGAGAAAGUUGGCAGUGUCCAGGGAAAUGAGGAGCAAGAAGGUCACGCUGAAGAAACUGAGCCGGUGCAAGUUACCACCAGUCCUAUCUCGGAACUAUAGGUUCCAAAUGCAUUUUAAUGGUAUUAGGUAUACGUGUUAGGUAUACGUGUUUCAAUGUCAAAUUAUGCACUCACUAAUAAAUGGAUUAUAUGUUUUUAAAA